CACAAGGCCUGCAAGUGCCCACAACCUUCAAGCAGGUGACGCACACAUACAGAGGGACCAAAAUUGAUUGACUGAGAAACAUAACAUGGAGACCGCAAUGUUCACCUCCUGGCUCAUUAUUCUGAUGUUGAGUCCUGCAGUUCCCAUGUGUUUACCCACUGAUUUCACCCUGCAUGUGGAAAAGCCAGAAUGUGACUUCUGUGUGGCAAUAAACACGACCAUCUGCAUGGGAUUUUGCUACUCAAGGGACAGCAACAUGAGGGAUAUUCUCGGCCCACGCUUCCUUGUCCAGAGGGGCUGUACCUAUGAUAAGGUUGAAUACCGCACUGCUGUUCUGCCUGGCUGUCCCAUUGAAGCCAACCCUGUCUUCACCUACCCUGUGGCUCUCAGCUGCCACUGCGGUGCCUGCAGGACCGACACUGAUGAGUGCGCACAUAGAGCCAGCACAGAUGGAACAAAGUGUACCAAGCCAGUUAGGCGUAUCUCUCCGUACCUUGGCCAGAACAACUAUGUUAUCCCUUUUUGACUCACAUGCUUUUGUUCUGAUAAGGUCUAAUUUAGUUGCUGGAACUACAGAACGUAAAUAUUUUGAGAUAAGCGUCAUGAUUUACUGUGAUAUCUGCACCGUUUGUACU